GGAGGGUGUGAUUCCCUCCGUAUUCCAUCUGCUUGCCUGUAACGAACAUAUUUGCAAGAAGGGAAUCUGUUGAGCACAGUCAUGCUGCCAUCAGGUGGGGCGAGCGUUAGAUCCCAAGGCUCCGCAGUAGGCAGACGCCAUUGCAAAAUAUGAGGGUAAUCCAGAUCUACAGGGAGGCGAGGGUUUUUCUGCUUAGACAUGGACUGCACGACUCCCCAAGUAUUACCCAGUAUUACCAGGCCAAUGCAGUGAUGCAAGAGUGGGAUGUGGUUUUCUAAAUUGUUUAAAGCUAUUUUAUUUCAUUUGUGUCCCUUCAACCAAACUAGACAGGGUUUUUCAUCCUGGAUAUAAUGAAAACCGUCAGACAAGACCAAAUAUUGGUUGGUGCUAUACUGUACAGCUGUCUAGGUGAGAAACACAGCUGAAGAGUUGUAUUGAGUUUAAUAGGAGCAUGGCUAAGAGAAACAUGGUUAAAAAUAGAACAAGGCAUACAAUAAAAAUCAACGCAAGGUCCUGUCAAGUAAUAAAUAAUUCUGAAAUGCAAGAUAAUGAUUGUAUGUAAACAUUUGUAAGAUCCAGCUUUAUAAAUACACUGACUUAGAACUGAAUAGUCUGAUGUGGGCAGUGGAUGUGGGAGCAGACGCUUUUAGGUAUGAGUCAUGUCAUAAAUAACCUCAACAAAGUUAAAAGAACAAAUCAAAUCAGGUUAAAAAGAAGAAAUAGGCCAGACAGGGAUAUUAUUAGUAUUAGUAUUGAAAUACUUUCAUUCAUAUCUUCAAAUCAAAUGGUAGUUUAUUUAAAUUAGGCCAAAGCACUUUUUCUCACAGCAAGAAUGACUACGAUCUUUUCUCGAGGUAUGUUGCAUUAUGUUGCAUUCAGCUGUUUUGGUGGAGUCCUGUUCUUUUGGUUCCCUCUCAUCAUCACCAGUUUGUUGAAGUCAUACAGUAGAAAGGAUUAACUUGUGCUUGUGAAGAGACAGAUUACUGGCGGAUUAUCCUAUGAUUACAUAAUGUCAAAAAAAGGGCAAAACAAAAGCGUCUGCAAAUGUUUCUCAGCAAAAAUAGUAGAAUAUUAAACUAAAUGUGAUUAAAUCAUUUAAGAAGACAAGCUUUGAUUUUCUGAUUUGAUUUGCAUUAGCAAUUUACCGGGGAUCAUCUGACAGGUGAGGUAAAAUACAGAAGUAGAGCCAUAAAAACUCUUAUUAGACUUUUUACUACUAACUACAUCUGUACAUGUUGUUGAAGAGUUCAGUUGGGUUCAGGUGAGUUGUUCCACCCUCACCUACAGCAGUCACAAAAACAUUCUCAGCUGUUUCAUGACAUGCAUACUGCAUAGGCUAUACUUCACACCAACCACCAGUUCCCUCCUAGAAUGUUGUUUAAUCACCAUUCAUGACGCACACAUUCCUGUUUCCUGACCUGGACUGAUUGACCUCUGGUUAUGAGUGUGAACAUACAUACACAGAAGAUUUCACUACGACAUUAUUUCUGACUGGAUUUAUCCCCGUGUGCUUAUGUGAAGAAAGGUUGUGAAUCAGUGCAUGUGCUACUUUAACUCUAAAGGGGAGUCUUUAUUGGUGUAUUGGUUUCAUUGUAUGUCUGGGGACCAAGUGAAACAGUCGCGACGAGGAGGGAUUCUCCACAUAAACGGGCAUUUACCUUCACUUACCGGCAUCUUGUUGCCGUGAAAACAAAUCCCACAGCGCUCACCGUCACUGCGUACACAACCAACUCCAUUUAACGACACCAUGACUCUAAUCACAGACGCUUUCCUGUCUGAGAACCACCCCGGUCAACUGUUCCUCCGGGCGCAGCCAUCUUGGUGUCACCGGCUCAACGGCCCGACCAGAACAGAGAGUUCCAUCCAGCCAUCCGGCACUGAGCGUGGAUUAGCGCUACCAAAAUGGACAUCUCCGCUCUGCCCAACAACAACCACCCGGAGAAGUUCCUCCAGCUGGACGUUGGAAUGCUUCCCGCCACACACGGCAUGUUCCAGGUCGGCGCUGUCAUGUCCAGUCAGAAACACUGGCAGAACAGAGUCUACUCACAGAGGGAAGGAACAACAGAGAGCAGGUUCUCAUCUCCAGAGAAAAGUCCGGUGCUGUUUGUGGACAGAUACCUGGAGAGACACAUCACCCCAGUCACGCUGAAGUCCAACAUUAAAAGGAAUCCUCUGUACAUGGACGUAAGUCGAGCGGAUGCAGGGGACAAAGAGAAGUCCAAGCCGUCCUGGACUGUGCAGGACUACGACACACAGACAAGCCACGCCAACCUCACAGAUUACUUAAAGAAGGAUAUGAAGACUGCUAAAGAUCUGGACUUCUGGCUGGAGGAUCUCUACACACCAGGAUUUGACUCUUUGCUGAAAAAGAAACAAGCGGAACAGAGAAAAAGCAAACUCUGUAAAAUUAUUUUGUGGGUUACUUUCUCUGUUUGUGCCAUUCUUGUUGUCAUCAUAGUUCCAGUUGUGGUUCUAAAACAGAAAAAUUGAUAAAACUGUCCGUGAAGAUGCCCGGUAGUGAUAAAAACCAACGAUUCAGGGCCUCAGAGUCUGUGAGUCGUCCUGAAGCAAACACUGAGCGUUCGGUGCAGACGUGGGAGCCUCCUAUAGGUGAGGCUUCAGAUUUGGUGAGUUCUGACUCCCAAACCUGGGAGGAUGCAGGACAUGCAGCUCUACUCUGCUACAGUGCUGUCUUAGUGCUGUAAAGCAUGUACAAUAUAUAUUAUUAGUUUAGUUUUUAAAUGUUUAUAUGGUCUUGCUCAACAGUGCCUGUUUAACCUCUUUCAGCAGCAUCAUUGGCUUUUAGACAUCCCAUAAACUAAGAGGAAGCUGAGCUCAGAUCAGGCACUUCACCUGCUUUUGAAUCCAGACACUUCCAUACAUACUGUAUAUAAACAUAAACAUAUAUAAUAACUAUAAUAAUGCACCAUAAUAAAAAUAACCACUAGCAACAAUAGAUAAUAGAGUGAGAACUAACCUGACAGCACUGUUGCCGUAUGUCCCACUAUUGCAUUUAGUGAAACAACAGAACUAAGAUCACUCAGCAAAUGGGUGAUGCGUGUACGUACCACCUGUAAAAGCCAAGAUGACAAAUGGGGCCCGGCUGCCGCACCCUGCUGAGCAGAUGGAAGGAGCCCAGUAACCAAAACAAACACAGCAGAUGCUGUGAGCCACGACGCACGCACAACUGCUGGGCGUGGUUGUAACUGUAUGUAUGAUUUUCUAAAAGCUUGGCGGUACUAACUGCAGCUUGUUCUUCAAUUUGGAUGAACCUGCUGCUGUUUCAGAUGUGUGAUCUGUGUUAAGCCUGUGUUACUGUUUGUUUUGUAGGAUGUCUGAUCUCUAGUGGUGUGAAUGGGCAGGAGCAAGUGAAGACUCAGUUCUGUUUUUAUGCUGGUACUUAACAAUGAUGAUGUUUGAUUUUGAGACUAAUAGAUGUCUUUGCAAAAUGUUUGUUUAUUGUGUAACCAGAAAAGUCUGCUUUGCUAGAUUUUAUCCAUUUGUGGACACGAUUCAAUCUGUUGGCCAAACACUAGGCUAAGGAUCAGGUAGUUCCAGUGUUUGGAUGUGGGUUUUGUAAGAUGUUUCACUAUUUAAGAAUUUGGUGAGAUAUGAGUCCGAUGUAUUGAACCAUAUCUGAGGCUGGUUUGAAAGCGUCUAGGCAGAGUCUAGGCAGGACCGUCAGAUAGUAGGGACUGCGCUGAUUGGGUCUCAUUCCAAUGCUGUCAUUGAUUGGAAUCAUUUUGCUCUAUGAGGUCUGAGUCCAGAGGAACAUCAAAUCACAAGUAUCACAUUUUGCUGGACUUGAGUGUGAUUAUUUAUUUAUUUAGUGACAGUGUCUUUUGUCCAGUUGAGUUUCGACUGAUGGUUGAGUUCUGGAGAAACAACAAUACAUCAGUAAAUUCCUUGCUUUGUCUAAUUGUUGCAGCUAAUGGUUUGAUGAGAAUAGUGCAAAGUGAGUGACCCUGUGGUGCCUCGGUGCAGAGUAAACCAUGGAGAGAUUUAGCCAUUUGUCUGAACUAUAAUUAAAUCACCGAAUUCUGCAGCACAGCAUAAUCUUAUCCCUGUUGAAGUUGGCGAAUCAUGAUCUUACCUCUGUUAAUGUAUCAUCUGUAUCUGUGCACAUGAAAAAGUUCAACAAGGAACUAAUUAAAACUGCAGAGAACCAAACCGAUUUCAUUUAUUUAUUGCAAUAAAGAUGUACAAAGGAUUGGUAAUCACAAACAUUAAAAUAUUAGAAAAAGCAUAUCUGUCACUGUUAACAGUACAGUGUAUCAAAAUGUGACUGCUUCAACUGUCUGGUUGAUUUCAUCCAUGGCUGCAUAAAAGAAGGAGAACACCAGUUCAAUCUGCCCGUGUCUUUAUCAAUCUGCCAAUUCUUCCAAUACACAUUGAAAAGUUAAGGAAACAAAAAAAAACAAACAAAAAACACAUUU